AUGAAAUUGAAGGCCCGGCUUUGUAUGCCCAGCUCUGAUUGGCCUAUAAUCCCGGAACAGGCGUUAACCUGGGAAGGAGGGGUAAAAUGGCGUCCCUGGACCGGGUGAAGGUGCUGGUAUUGGGAGAUUCAGGUGUUGGGAAAUCUUCACUAGUUCAUCUUCUGUGCCAAAAUCAAGUGUUGGGAAAUCCAUCAUGGACAGUGGGCUGCUCAGUAGACGUCAGAGUUCAUGACUACAAAGAAGGGACCCCGGAAGAGAAGACCUACUAUAUAGAAUUAUGGGAUGUUGGAGGCUCUGUGGGCAGUGCCAGCAGUGUGAAAAGCACAAGAGCGGUAUUCUACAACUCUGUAAAUGGUAUUAUUUUAGUACACGACUUAACAAAUAAGAAGUCAUCCCAAAACUUGUAUCGUUGGUCAUUGGAAGCUCUCAAUAGGGAUUUGGUGCCAACUGGAGUCUUGGUAACAAAUGGGGAUUAUGACCGGGAACAGUUUGCUGAUAACCAAAUUCCACUGUUGGUAAUAGGAACUAAACUGGAUCAGAUUCAUGAAACCAAGCGCCAUGAAGUUUUAACUAGGACAGCUUUUCUGGCUGAGGAUUUCAAUGCAGAGGAGAUUAAUUUGGAUUGCACAAAUCCACGGUACUUAGCUGCAGGUUCUUCCAAUGCUGUCAAGCUCAGUAGGUUUUUUGAUAAGGUCAUAGAGAAGAGAUACUUUUUGAGAGACGGUAAUCAGGUUCCAGGCUUCCCUGAUCGGAAAAGGUUUGGGGGAGGAACAUUAAAGAGUCUUCAUUACGACUGAAUUACACUCAUCCUUUGGGAGAUGAGCAAGCAGUGACGGUUUUUUACAGCUUUCUUCUUGCUGUGUCGAUUAUUAAUGUCUCAGCCUUUUAAUGAAGUCAUCUUAAUAUGACACCCUUCAGCCUCACCGUUUAGUGGAAAACUGAAAGGAAGUGACAGUGUGGGAGGUCCAGACGUUGUCCCCAUUCUCUCUGUUCCUGACCUUUCUGUCCCUGUUUCUAGAUUAUGUAAAAGCCUUGUGGAAAUAUGAGAUGUUGUCAGAGUGAUGCAGUAAAUGAGCAGUGACAGGAGUGCUGCAGAGAAAAUGUGCUCUGGCCUGGAACUGGAAGGUUUCUAUGGGUCUGUAAUUUUCCCACACUCCUUGCUGAAGGCUUAAUUAAGUACUUCUAAAAUAUAUCUCUUUUGUUUUACCUUUGUGAGGGGAAAGGUUAUGUUAACCAGCCCUGAGUUGUCCACCCCAAACAGUCCCUGUCAUUUUCAGAGAAGCAAAAUGGUGUUAUUUAAUUGUCUCCAUCCUCAUCACACACAAGGAUGCCUAAUAAUAGCCACCCUCGUCUCCCUCUCCUCUCCUUUGCAAAUGGCUCAGUGGCUGGAAGAGGCAGACUAAUAGCUGGAGUUAAAUAUAAAUAGAUUAAUAAUACAUAGAGAAUAGCAGUACCAGAAAAGAAUUAUUGUGUGAGAAACUGACAGCUCGCUAAGUCCUUCACUCUUUAGGUUACAGCUGUCUGCACUCUCUCACUGUUUUCUGUUUGGAAAUAGGGUGAAAUCUAAGACCUGCACAAGGGCAGUAAGAGACAUUUACAGCGUCUUCAGGGAUUUGGGCGGGGGGCUCUUAUUUUUGAAGGAAAAACUCAACUCCUGAAAUGUCUCUUAACUGUAGUUAGUAAACUAAGUGUCAACAGAGUAAUUAUGGAGAAUUAAAGGAGGUUCCAUGGCAACACAUUUACAUGAAUUAUGGACUAGGAUUCUUGGAUUUCUUAAUCCAAAGUUUUCUGGGGGUGGUGUGUCUAUAAAAUGCAUCAUUGUUCUUCAUUACUUUUUUUAACCCAUCUUUUUUGCUUGUUUAAAUCUCUGCCCUAGUUCUUCUUUAAUAUGUAAAGCUGGUUUACAAAAACUCAUUUGCUGCCUUAUUCACCACCUUUUCACCCAUCUUCUUUCUGGGUCUGCUGCAGGUCUCUGCACUACGAAUUUUGCUCCAUAUUAAAAAAUAGUAAUAAUGACUACACAGUUGCAGUUUCCAUUUUAAAACUAAAUUCACAUUCUAUAUACGAUUUUAAUUAAAUUUCAGAAGCACUUUGGAAAUCAAGGUAUGCUAAAAGAGGUUAUUAAAGUUAGAAUGUUAAUGCUUUUAGAAAGGCAGUCUUGGGAAUUUGGAAUAGAUUUUUAAAAGCACUUUUCAUCAGCUAAAAUAUUCUCCAGGUUUUCUUUGCAUCCUCCCCCACAAAAUUUGACCUCAAUUUCUUUUUUGACAUAAAGAAGAGCUAUGCAAAUCAGGAUCCACAUGUGGAAUUUGGGACAAGGGUGUUUUGACAGAGGCUGUGCAGGUGGGAAGUGAAAACCAAUGCAUAUACACAUAGACGUAAACCCACACAAGCUCCUUGUAUUCCUCUUUUGAAAAAUAAAUUGCAAAGAAGUUAUACUUAGAUUACAAAAAUAAUGCAAAAGCAAAAAAAAAAAUCAAUGACCUUUUCCUUUCCUCCCCUUUAUUCCUCUUCUUUCCUUUAAUUAAAAAAAAAAUCUAUCCCAAUUUCCUUAUUUUCUCCCUUAUUAAAAAAUAAAAGUAAGCCAUCACUGAUUGCUUCACGUUCAACCUUGAAAAAUUAAGAGUACUUCUCAACUCCAUUUUAGCUCCAGGCAUACCUUGUUUUAUUGCAUUUUGAUUUAUAGCGUUCCACAGACACUGCAUUUUUUACAAAUUGAAGGCUGGUGGCAACUGGCAUCUAGCAAGUCUAUCAGUACCAUUUUUCCAGCAACAUUUGCUCACUUCAUGUCUCUGUCACAUUUUGGUAAUUUCUGCAUCAUUUCUAACAUUUUCAUUUUCACUAUUAUAUUUGUUAUCAUGAUCUGCAGUAUAGCCUUUUUUAGCAACAAAGUAUUUUUUAAUUAAGGUAUGUACAUAGUUUUUUUAGACAAUGCUAUUGCACACUUAAUAGACUACUUUUGUGCAAUAACAUAUAUUCAGUGGGAAACAAAAAAUUCAUUUGACUCCCUUUAUUGUGAUACUUGCUUUAUUGUGGUCUGGAACCAAACCCACAGUGUCUUUCGGGUAUGCCUGUAUAGUUUUCUAAGGAAAAUCAUUUUUAAUAAUCUAAGGUAAGUUUGUUGCAAGUAUUAGUAGCAGCAAAAUAAGACUGUUUUCCUAAGUGAAUGUUUUUAGCCAGAGUUCUUCAAAAAGAAUGCUUUGAAGCAUUUUUCUAAAACUUCUGAGACCUGCUUAUAAAAAUUGAUUUUCAGUAAUAAACAAAUAUAAAGACCAAAAUACUUCCUAAGAGCUGUUAAUUAAAUCUUAAUUUUUUUUUACAUU